AUGCUCUCGGUCGGUUGGCCUUCAUGUCACCGACCUUUGUUCUGCUCUGCUUCGGUGGUGGCGGUGGCGUUGGGGGCCCCGCAGGAGAACGUGUACCCGAAGGGCCCGUCGGUCCAGUUCUACAAGCUCUUUUUAGAGGACACUUUCAAGGAGAAGCUCGAGAGGUUCGGGGCCAUCGCGAUCAUGGAAUGGGACGUACGGGUAGCGCACGACAAGAGCUUCGAGAAGCUCUACAUAGCUGCCUUCGACGUUGUCGAGCCCUUCUGGGUGAAGGGCAGCGUCCUCGCCGGGACCAACUUCCACGGCACGGCCACGAUCACGGACAACUGGCGCAUGCUUGGACACAUCAACGGCAACGCCAUCUACAACAAUUCCGACCCGGCGUUCGCCGACUUCGUGGAGUUUACCCUCGCCAGGUGGGGGUACAGCUACAGCUACGAUGUCGCGCUGUGGGCGACCGUCUCGGAUUUCCCGUACAGCUGGCCGCUGUGGCAGCGGUUCUCGAGCAAGUUCGUCUCGACCAACUUGAUCGCAAACGUCGGCUUCCUCGACGUCGACCAAGAAACCCUGGGGAACGCGCUGGCGAGCGAGACGAUGUUCAUCCAUGGCAGUCUUUCCGGCGGGGGCGGCACCCAGUUCGCCUCAGGUGCCACGGCCGAGAAGGGGGGUAACGCGGCGGCGGCAUCGGAGGGCGGGAACUCGCUCAGGAUAAUGGCGUCCUUGGAGGCCAACGCAGCGGGGGAGGACGUCGGCGGCGGUGGCCCUUCCAUCAGGCUGGCCACGCCAGAGUGUCGGACGGAGUGCGGCAGCACCGUGAGCUGGGACCUUCUUGGCGGCGGCGGCGGCGAGGAUGGCGUCAUGGACAUAGCCACUGUCUGCGACCACGCCACGUGCUCGGCUGCUACGGCGGGGAGCGCGGACGGGAAGCCAGGCGCGUGGUCUUGCGGCGCCGGCGACGAGGAGAGGUUCGGCAAGCACUGCCGCUCGUGCUACUUCGAUGCCGAGGAGGCCCUCAAGGCCGACCGGAUCCUGCAGAAUCAGGCGCGUGAGGUCGGCGAGGUGCAGCCCCGCCACGUCAUCAUGUGCGACACUCUUCGCCCCCCGGAGGCCUCGACCUGCAGCCUCAAGUGCGCACUGAAGAAGGAUACAGCACGCACAAACUCAAGCAUGCGCCCUCCCGAACCUCAUGUAAACCCCGUCUGGCUGUAUGUACCACCGCAGAUUUGUGACGACAGGUGCGAGUCUGGGCUCUUCGGCAACUACAACUGCAACUGGAGAGAUCACGGAGCAUUACUCUGGACGCAAAUGAUCUUGUUCACCCCCGCGCCAGAGCAUUGUCGGUUCUGCUUCGACGACACGGCGGCCGCGAUCGUGGCGGAUGAGACAGCCAAGCGCAUGGGGGGCAGGGUCAUCAUGUGCAACACGCACGAGCCCCCGGUGGAGCGGACUCAGGCCGAGAUGGAUGCCUUGGAGAAGAAGCGAAUCGAGCACGUCAUGGAGGCGACGGCGUCAAAGAUGGCGAACGCGGCUAAACAGGGGAAAAAAACGUCUAACACGAAAGGGCAUGCCAACCCCGGCGGAAAGGCCGCCGGUGAUGAGGGGGAACCUGACGCCCCGGUGCACCCUGCGAUGAUAGAGUACUCGGAAAACCUGCUUCGCGGGGAGAUGUGCGCGUUCUCCACGGCGUACCACUUGUACCUGCGGGAGACCGAGGCAAGCGUGAGGAGCCUGGCGCAUUUCCUGCCCGGCAUGAGGGUGCGGCUUGCGGUGGACACUAUCCACUUCUCCGUGUUCAAUCGGACCCUCGGCGGCUACCCAGACGUGGAAAUCGUCAACGCGACCACGACGGGGGGUCACGCCUCCCUUCUCGCCGACGUUCACUGCGGCGAGGGCACCAAGCUCAUCCUCUACCUCGGCCCGGGGGACGUCGUGUCCCGCCCUUUCUCGAAGAAGGACACCCACGGCACCUGUGGGCAGUUGCUCGUCCCAUACACGGAGCCCGACAGACUGGACGAGUACCACGUCAGGCGGACUCAGGCCACGACCUUCUUGCUCGGCUUCGACGCGCCCUCCUUUUCGUAUGGAGCGGAUCUCUUCUUGCCCGCGUGGGUUAACCCCGAGUUGCGCCGCGUUCUGGCGAGCGGGACAGCGCUCCCGUCCAAGGCAUGGGAGCCCGAUGACAGAGACUUCCAGCGGAUAGCCAUGUCUAUCUUGAUGAAAACCGAGGACGCCUUCGUCCCGGAGCUGCUGGCGGUGCUGGCGUACUCGCGGAACCCUCCGGAGAUCUGGUUCCUCAACCCGACGCAGUGGGUGACCCACCACAUGUUCAAGCACGCCUCCGUGUGGGACAUCCCCCUCGUCAAGCCCCGCUUCUUGUGCUCGGUAAACCUGUUGCUGGCGAAGCAAGGCGAUGACGUCGCGCGCGAGCUCAACAGGUUCGCUGACUUCAGCGACGGGGGCCGUGGCAAGAAGUGCGAGAUGGGCUACCUGCCCCUAGACACCUCCAAGCUCCACGCCAAGCCCCACGUCGAGUACGGCUGCGCGGCGACAAACCACCGCCCCAUGCCCAUGGUGGAGGACCAGCGGGUGAGCCUGUUCUACGACGCAACCGUGGCCCCCGCCGCCGUCGCCGCUGCCGACAAGAACGGCGUCGGCGGCGUCAGGAACGACACCCACGCCGAAGGCGCCCGGAUGCUCAACGCCACGCUCCCGACGGUGCUGAUGAACUUCCCUGGCGCUCUGGAGGCGGUGAUCGUCGUCCCGAACACGGACGCGUGGAGGGAGUACCAGCUGGUCGUGGGGGUGCACAAUAAUAGCGACACCCCUUUCGACAUCAAGGUCGUUAACGUCGGCGAGGAUGAUGCUAGCUCGGACUGGGUGUCUAAAGACGGGACGGGGAGCGGGCUCGGCGAGGAGGCGUUGCCUCGGAAGGCGAUUGGACAGCGUCGGGGCAGCGAGGCGGAGGAACAGCCGUUCCCCCCCCUGUGGGCCGACACGUACUGCUCCGGGAAGUUUGUCCUGCACCUGGACCUGAACUCCGUACUGCUCGAGAGAAUAACGUACGACCACAUCUUCCAUUUCGAGAAGCCUGUCAUCCCCUUCAAUAGGUUUCAAGACGUAGAGGAGGACUGA